AUGGAAGAAGGGGCUCAAUACAUUCAUGCUUAUGUGAAAGGUAGACUCGAUAGUUUUGAAGCGUAUGUUAUUGCGAUCUAUGGGUUCAACAGUGUGGACCAAAGGAAGGCUCUAUGGCAAAGUCUGAUCAGAAUAGGCCAAGGGGUCGCAAAACUGUGGUUGAUGUGGGGCGACUUCAAUGCGGUAUUAUCUCCCCUUGAUAGACUCAUAGGCAACCCUGUUACUUCUGCCGAAACACAGGACUUCUCGGACUGUAUCCACGAUUUACAUCUGAAUGAAUUAACAUGGAAGGGUGAGUUUUAUACUUUGUCAAACAAGCAAACUGGUGCGGACAGAGUUUGGAGCAGGAUUGACCGAGCUUUUGGGAAUGCGGAUCGGUUGAUGCAAUGGGGCCAUGUCCAGACUGAAUAUGGUAUGCCACAUAUUUCGGAUCAUUCCCCUAUGCUGCUACAGCUAUACACAGCUCCUCAAAAUGGCAAAACUCCCUUUAGAUUCUUUAAUACUUGGGCUGAGCAUGCCAAGUUCCCUCAAAUACUAAAGGAGGUAUGGAUGCAUCCGGUGGGGCAAGCAGGUAUGAAAAAAGUCUGGCAGAGGCUUAAAACACUAAAACCGCUGCUUAAAGAUCUUAACAUCAAGGAGUUCAAGGGAGUCAGGCAUAACAUCGAGCAGGCUCGACUGAACUCGAAGAUUGUCCAAGCACAGUUGAAUGCUCAAUGUACUGAUGGGUUGAUAGCACAGGAAAAAGAACUCCUUUUUAAUCUAGAAAAAUGGUCCUUGAUCGAGGAAAGCAUUCUGAAGCAAAAAUCCAGGGCCUCUUGGAUCAAACUUGGAGAUUGUAACACCAAAUAUUUUUCAGCUGUAAUGAAAGAACGAUGCCAGAGGAAAUUGAUUAGUGAUAUUCGCUCCUUAAAUGGCCAGAGAAUUCAUGAACCUAAAGAUAUUGAAGUAGAAAUCACUAAUUUUUAUAGAAGCUUGAUGGGGUUGGCUCAGGCUUGCCUACCAGCUGUAGAUAAACGAAUUAUGAAGCUGGGGCCUGUUCUAAAAAGACAACAGCAGCUGGAGUUAUGCGCAAAAAUCAAAGAUUAG